AUGGAGAGAAGAGCUACAGCUUUGAGGUCAAUGAUCCAGAAGCAUGGCCCCAAGAAGGAGGAUUUGGACCCUCGAAACUGGGUGUCAGAGGAGACAAUGAAGGGGUUCACUGAGUUUAUACUGAACAAGAACUGGGACAAAGAUACCGACAGCAGCUUUGACACCAAAGAGAUGUUGCUAGAGGCAGAAAAGCAGUUUAUAGAAGCAGCUAAGAAGAAUGACGUGGAGACCAUGAAGACUCUUGGAAAAGGCCUGAACGCAAAUGCAAAGAAUGUGCAUGAUAGGACAGCUCUUCACUAUGCAGUGGCUGGCAGAAACAAAGAAGCAGUUCAGCUUCUUCUUCAGCGCAGGGUCAAAGUGGACCAAAAGGACAAGUACGGUGUGGCACCCAUUCAUUUGGCUGCCUGGUUUGGCAGUUUGGAGAUCCUGAAAUUAUUAGUGCAGGCCGGCGCUGAGCAGAAGGUUGAGAAUGAGGAGGGACUGAACAUUUUGCACUGUGCUGCUAUCAACAACCACACUGAUAUUGUAGAGUAUAUUGUAAAUGACCUGCAGAUGAAAGAAUUAGACAAAGAUGAUCAGUCAGGAAAGCGGGCCUUUGCAUUAGCAGCCGAGCAUGGCUGUGUUGAAAUGCUGGAGCUGCUCAUGGAUCCGUACGAGAUGGCCACCAUGAAGCCUAACAAGAAAGGGGACACGCCCCUGCACUUAGCCGCCAGGAACGGCCACCUGGAUGUCAUCCAGCUGCUGCUGCAGAGCUUUGAUACUCGGGAUGAAGUCAAUAUGGAGGGAGAGACAGCUCUGUACGUGGCUGCAGACCAGGGUCAUGAAGGAUGUGUUCAUGUCUUGCUGGAUGCUGACUGUGACCCCAACAUCCUCACAGUGGCCAAAUGCAGUGCUCUCCAUCCGGUUUCAGAAAGAGGGGACACCUCUCUUGUCCAGCUUUUCUUAGAGUACAAAGCUCAUACCGACUUUAAGAAUCAGCACGAAGAGGCUCCUCUCCACCUGGCAGUGAAGCACAGUCACAUCCCUAUCAUCCAUUCUCUGCUGGAGGCAGGCUGCAACAUUAAUGCCACAGAUAAAAGGUCUCAGACUGCCCUGCAUCUUGCUGCAGAGCUGGCUAGAAUAGAAGUGGUGGAAAUGCUCCUUAAAGCUGGGCUGGAUCUGACACUCAAGGACAAGCAGGGUAAGACGGCUCUGGGUGUAGCAGUCAGAGCAGAUGAGGUGAUUAUUGUGGACAUGAUUAUCAAAGCAGAAAGAUACUACGCCUGGAGGAAGGCCAACCCUGAGCUUAAUGAGAGUGUUCACAGCGAGCAUCCGCUAACGUUUAAACUCGACCACCGCUCAGAGACCAAGCAGCUCCGGAUGAUGGCCUGGCGCCUGGCGUACGAGCUCUUGAAACCAGGAGAUUGGAAAAAACUGGCACAACACUGGGGCUUCAACAAGGAGCAAGUGUCAGCUAUUGAGGAGCAGUGGACAGGUCAACACAGCUAUCAGGAGCAUGGUAACAGGAUGCUGCUGAUCUGGCUCCACAAGGAGGAGUUAGUUCACGAGAAUCCAGCUAAAGAGCUCUACCAGGGCCUCAUCACUAUAGGGAACAGGAAAGCUGCAGAUAAGAUUCGGAUGGAGGCAGAGAGCUCCAGCAGUAAGAGCUGCAUCAUUUCAUGAGGCUGGAAACUGAAC